CACAUGCAGAAUGUGCAUGUUGCUGCGGUAAGUAUGACUAUGAGGUAAUAUGAUUGAUUUGAUUUUGAACUUGUAUUAGAUUUACAUGAGUUAUGAAACAUUACAAUACUUCCAGUGUUAUAUAAAAAAAAAAAAACCCCACAGGGGUUCGAUUGUCAGAUAUUGAAAGUUUGUAUUAUAAAUACAAAACUUCAAUACAAUCGAGCCAAAUGGUUCAAUGUAUCAUUUGUUCCCGAAUAAUAUAUAAAUUAAAUCCACCGCCAAAACCCGCUCUUUUCAUCUUGUUAAAAAAGGUGUAUCUUACGUAGGGGUGAAACGACACAGUACCUUCUUGAUUCGAUUCGAUUUUCGAUAUUUUAGUCUCGAUUCGAUGAUUUUCGAUUCGAUACAUUAGCAUGUACCAAAUUCUUUAUAAUGCUAAGAUUUUUCAUGUUUCAUUGUAUUUAUUACUCUCUGCAAAUAAAUUCUACAUAAUGUAAAAACGUUUAACAUAAAGCAACAUUCUUAUCACUUGUCCUUAAGCCGAAAUGCCGACAUACCCAGGAUUUAUACAUUGGAAGAGCAUUUUUCAACUCGACUGCAUCCAUUUUGAUACAGCAAAGUUUACUCGUAUGUUGAUUGGUCAAUUUUCAAUUCCAUUGGCUAAUCAGAAACCGUGGUAUCAAAAGCAAUGUGUGCUAUGAUUUUAGAACCGUAUUGAAUCGAAACAGACCCGGAAUAAAUCGAACAUCGAAUCGAGACCGCUACAUCGCGAUUCGGCCGCAUCGCGAUGCAUCGUUUCACCCCAAAUCUUAUGUACAUCAUACAUGUACAUUAAAAAAAGUAUCGUCGACUGCCCUAUUUCGGUGACUGACCAAAAUCGGUGACCUUUUGUUUACAUGUUCGCGUUGUCGUUUCCGGGUGUAGAUUGCGUCAUCAAUUUCGCCAUAGUGUUUGCAAACAAUCAACAGGAGCACCCCAAAAAUAAGCCCAUUUACUUAUUACUUUUUCAAGCAAACCUUCAAAUUAAUAUAAAGAAUACCGAAAGUCUAGAAUUCUACACUAUGUUAUUUUAUUCAUUGACGUUUAGAUGCACAUUCCUCCUGUAUAUACGUUUUAACAGUUACAAAACUUUUGGCAAACUUAUAUCAACAAUGGUCACCGAAGUAGGUGACGUCACCGUUUUAGGAGCACAAAGUGACAUGUUUUUUGUUAUGAAAAUAUAUUCAGUUAACGUACCAUUGGAGUUGGAAUUUUUGGAUGAAAGUAAAGGAAUGUAAUAUUACUUUAAAGAAGGUAAUGGAUUUAUUCCCACCAAAAUGUUUUCCAAUCAAGUAUUGGAAAGAGAACACACAGAAGCAGGUGUUGGCAGGGCUGGGUAGUAACAGGAAUAUCGACAUCACUGAUGUUAAAGACAGAAAGUUCUCCUCUCAGCAUGUUCCGUGUGAAUCAAAGAGAUAUUCUGCUUCAGCACCAGCACUGCCCCUUGGUCUGUCCCCAGACAGAGUUCCCUACCCAUUUGAAGACAGGGUCACAAAGGGGAUGCAGACACAACUUCAGGAAGUCAACAACUUCUGUCACAAACUGAAAAUGAUGAGAGCAGGGUUGAAGAAGACUAGAAAUACAAGAAUGCAGAGUGCAUUUAAAGACGUAGUAAACCAAUUGGAAAAUUUAGAUACUAAAUCCCUAGAUGUUCCGAUGUGGUUAGAUGACCUUGUAAAACUGUAUGAAAAGGUGAAGGACAUUGAGCAGGUUUUGAAUUACAACUCACAGUAUACAGGGGGCUGUCUAGCCAGUGUUGGAGCCCGAACAGAGGGUGAAAACGGAACUGUCAUUUGUCCUGCAGAUCACAAUUUCAACAGAGCUGCACUUAUUGAAUUCAGUACAAAUCCUCAAGUAAAAUUAAUACAGAAAAAUACCAUUGAACUUGGUUAUGAAAUACACCAGCUGCAGUCCAAACGCUGCAGGGAUAGUGACUACUGUGUGAUAAGGGGAGGGAGUGUCUGUGAACUUAUAAAUCUAAAAGGAUCCUCCGAGGGAAUUCCCCGUACAAUGUGCUCCAUUGCAAAAGAACACUUCUCUGAUGAGUCUCCCACUUCUGUUGAUUUGAGUGUCUACAUUCCGUCGGAGUGUGUGGUCUCAACUAACCAGGGAAACAUUUACAUUUGGUCAGCGGAAAAAAGUAAGAACCUUGUGAGACAGAACCUGAUGACCAGAUUUCCUGCCCAUGAAUCCUGGCGACAGGCUCUCUUUGGUUCACACCCACGUCAUGUUGUCAUUGCAGAUUGCACUACAGUGCAAGUUCAUGAUAUCAGGGGACAGUAUUCAUCCAAUGUUGACCUUUUUGCACUUCCAAAUAAAUUCUUGCAUCCCAAGGAGCGUAUUUGUUUGGUAGAAAAGCAUCCAUCUUCCCAUCAUGCCUACCUAACAGCGACAGACUACAGCUUGUUCCUGUUGGACGAUAGAUUCCCAGGUCACCCAAUGUUGCAGUGGAAACACAUGCUUAGGAAACCGCCACAACUGGCCUCCUCAGUUGUCAUGGACACAGACAAUAUAUUGCUUGCUAUGGGAACUCUUUCUCCAGCAGAAGUUUGUGCCUACCAGUACAGAUAUGGAUUCUCUGAGCUACCCCAGUCUAUAGGAUCACCGUGGAAAUUUUCCAGUAUUGGAGACUUUACAGAAUGGCCAGACAUGUGUAAUCCCCUCCAUAAGUAUGCUUCUGACCUCCGACUAAGCAUGUCACUGACGGGAAUUUCACUCAUCAACACGGCCCAAGGUUUCCUUUUCCUGCAGCUUGACAGUCAGGGAGAACUUUACUUCCAAGAGUUUAAGACUUCCAAAGAGACUGAAGACUUGACGUUUUGUGCCGGACCACUGUCUGGUGAUUUAAGUGUUGAGAAGGAAUUGGUUCAGAGAGGAAAAAAAUGGACAGAAGAUUUACACGAAUAUGUCAACUGCUGUAAAAAGUCUAUCAAGAACGUCAAUGUUACAGAUUUCUUCUCUGAGAUAACCCUGAGUAAACCGGGUCAUGUUUCCUGCUCCCUGUGUAUGCUGGACACCUGUAGUCUGAAACUGACCAUCCACAGCCGUGCUCUGUGUUACUCCUGUCUACAUGAAGUGAAUGAAGCCCAGAGAAUCGCAGAGUCACAGUACAAUAACAUUGUUUCGAUUGAGGACUUGAAGGUAUCUGAUGAUGUAGAGGACAGUGGAGGAGAGAGAGAUGCGCUGAGUGAGAUCUUGCUUCACCAGUGGAAUGAGGAGGAGGAGACAGAGGAGUGUGAGGAGAAGUUUAAACAGCUCCUCCUCAGGAGGGAUGAAGAAAUUAAAGAAAGAAGAAAAUCAAAGAAAACUUCAUCAAAAACUCUAGAAAAGCGACUGUCAGAAUUAGAGGUGGGUAACGUCCUUCCUUCCUCCGACAUGCCCACUGCUGGUACAGAGUGGGUGACAGACAACAGACAGCUGGAAAAUGUAGGUCAAGCUGGAUCUGAUGUAAGUGGUUGUGAUGUGGAAAGGAAUGAGGAAUCCUCUGUAUGGAGAAGUUAUAGAGAAGAGGAUUAUAGUGAUGGUAGAAUUUCUGAACAAGAUUCUUUAGUCAAGGAUCAAAAUGAACCAGAACAAGUUCAGUCACAUUUAAAAGAAGAGAGAGCAGACUUUGACAAUGGACAGGACACACCUGGUUUGUUUAUAAGUCAGAUUGAAAAAGAUUAUCCUUUCAUGAAAAUGUCACCGCAGACAAGGAAGAACUAUUAUACAUCAGAUCAUGUGUCCAAUGUGAGCUCUAUAUCACUCAGGUCAGAUGGAUUUUUAUCUACCCCAACCAGGUUGUUGUCUUUACAUUCUCCCAUUCGUAAUAGAGAUCGAAGAUUGACAGGGAGAAGUGAAAAUGGGGCUCAGGACAGCAACCAAUCUAUAAAAAAUCCUGGUGCAGGCACCAUGUGUUCAUCACCAAAACUGUCAAUUUCUUCCAGAAAAAGAACUCGACAUUCCUCCAUAUCAAGUUCAUGUAGCAAACAAUCAGUGAAAUCUAAUAUCUCAAUUCAGUCUGACGGAUUUAGGUCAACUCCAUCACGCAUGCAUAUCCUGCACUCCCCAGCCAAACAGUCCAGAUUCAUUUCAUCUAGCAAGGGCAGUUCAACAUCCAGUUUAUCUGACUGGAACUGUUCCAUGGAUUUGUUUGACUCCAGUCUGAAAACUUUUGAUUUACUCCAGAGUCCAGAGGUGGUUAGACAAAUAGCACCUUCACAAGCAGGCAGCCAGAGUCAGCCAGACAGCAAAACGAAAGUCAAGAAACAACUCAUGUCUGGCUUUUGAUAGAAGUUAUUACUUUGUUAUGUUCCCUACCAGACACCUGUGUCUAUCAGUUUUUGGGUUGAUUUUUUUCUUAUUUUUAUAACAUAUCAAAAUUAAGAUUACAUUGAUUAUAUGUUACCUGAUAAACUGUUGAACAUGCCUUGAUUAGGUUGUAAUACAAGUGUAAUUCAAAUGUUUUAAUGUCUCUCACCAAUUGGAUUAGUGAAGUUGAUAAAAUCAAAUGAUUCUCAAUUUGUGAAUCCAAAAA